AUGGCUCAACCAUCAGCGAAGAAGCAACGCACGCACCCGCAGUAUGAACUGCUAUACCACCCCGGCAUACCCGGCCGCGGCGAGUUCAUCCGCCUGGCCUUCGAGGCGGCUGGCGUCCCCUACAUCGACGUAGCGAACGAGCAGAAGGAAGGCUACGGCAUUGUGCAACAGGUUUGCAUGAACAAGACCACCGAGUCCGCCGACAACAAUCCUCCCGUCUUCUCCCCUCCAGCUCUCCGUGUGCCCGGAGGAGGCAAAGAUGGCACCGCUUUGGUGAUUGGCCAGACUCCCAAUAUCCUGUGGUAUCUGGGUGAGAGGCUGGAUCUGGUACCGGAGGAUGAAGCGGGCAAGUACUAUGUACAGCAGAUUACGCUCACGGCGUUGGAUCUCAACAAUGAGAUGCAUGACACGCACCAUCCCAUCGCAGUGAUGAAGUACUACGAAGACCAGAAGGAGGAGAGUUUGAAGAAGGCGCAAGAUGUGCGACAGAAUCGUAUCCCCAAAUUCCUCUCCUACUUUGAUCGCACACGACAGCACAACGAGCACCACGGUAGCGGUAAGGGCAAGUAUCUCGUUGGCGACAAGCUGACUUACGCCGACACUACCGUCUGGCAAGUACUCGACGGUUGCAUGUUCGCUUUCCCCAAGGAAAUGGCAGCACGGAAGGAAGAAUUCCCGCAGCUACUGGGUGAUUUCUACGAGGCCAUCAAGCAAGAAAGCGGCAUCAAAGAGUACCUGAGCAGUAAGCGAAGGAUGUCGUACAGUAUGGGCAUAUUCAGGCAUUAUCCAGAGCUGGAUCGACAGUAG